AUGGCUUUUUAUGGGUCACCCGAUUACGAACUGGCCUCAAUGUCUUCCGACUCACUGCUUCCGCAGCGGAAUCAGGUCUUUGUAAACGGCGAUUCGAAGGCCGUAGGCGAUCCGUUAGCCGAAUUUGAAAUCGAAUUGAAGAGACGCCGCGAUCUCCGACUCGGCCGAAGAAAGAAUGAAGCCAUGGAUUCAAAGGACGACAAACGAAUCAGUCGAGGGCAUUCAUCUAAUUCCCUAACCAACAACACGCUUAGGAGCAACGCCAGCACAACUCGCAGACGAUCGCGAUCCCGGAAAAGAACCCGGACCCCAUCUCCACGUCGUGAACAUCAACGACGUCAACCGGAACGAGCUAAAACGGAAGCUCGCCGUCAGGAAAAGAGUGUAGAAAGGCGAACGCAUCCAGUGGCCAGUUCUUCUCAAGGGCCAUCCAGGAUAGUGGAAAAAGGACAAUGUGAAGAUACCAGAUGGCCUUGCAUCGAAUGUGCUCAACUACACCAACCUGGCGAGGCGCACAAUAUGCUCCGCCUAAGGAAUAUGGUCACCGUAGCCCCUAUUCUUGAGAAGCAACUCUCAGUCACUCGAUUGCCAGCCAGCCAGGGUGAUUAUGUGCAGUUCAGAACUGUAAAUGACUUGAAUGGAUUGAUGGGAGUCAUGCUUGGCUACACACCAACCCUCGAUCGGGUAUUAAACACCGGCCAGAUAGUAAGCCUGACGGUAGAGGAAUUUACUAUCGUCACCCUCGACCAUUCAAAGGAUCCUUCUAGACUAGAGUUCAUCCAAGCGCUUAUGAAGAUGAAAGCGCGUCAGCUUAGCGCGAUUCAAACCACACCGAUCAGAGCAUUACCAUCCGGUUCAGAAGCUAGUCACAAAGAAUUCACGCGAUAUAAAGUGAAAAAUGGGACGGAAUGGAAUGGCAGCUUAGAAAUGUUUCCACAUUCGGCGGACUUUGAUGAGAGUCAAAUUGUGCAACUGGAUGCGGAAGCUGCGCCAACAAGAAGGAUCGUUCAAAAAUCAAGUCGAGGUGAGGGGUUGAUGAUUCGGAUCCCGAACUCCCACAAUCCCGAGAUGAGCGAGUUGGACAGAAAGGAGCGAGAGUUGAUGGCAAGGAUUGCUGCACUCGAUCAACAGUUGGGGCUAAGGAGAUUCAAGAUA